UAUUGGUACAAAAAAAUAUAUUAAUUCUGAUAUUUCAAGUAGUUUAUGGAAAAUUACUGAGACAUAUAUUAUGGAUGUAGAAAAAAAAGAAGCAAUAAAACGUAAUACCUUAAAGAAAAAAUAUAAAUAAUAUGGAUAUGUUUUGAAUAAUUUAUUUAUAUCUUUGUUUAUAUGUUUAUAAUAUUUAUAUUUUCAUAUAUUUGUCAUAAAUUUAAAUUUUUUAAAUCGACGAUAUUUAAAAAAAUUUGAGUUUUAGAUUAUGAUACCUUUUUUUUCUAGAUUAUCUGAAUCCUUUACAUUUCCUAUAGAAACAACUUCUAGUCCAUCUGUGAAAACUAUUCAUGAUACUUUUAGAUUUGGUCUUAAAUCUUCAGAAUUAGAUACUAAUUCGCAUCACGAUUUAGAGGUUUUUCUAAACAGAUGGAAGCAUGAAGAGAAUGAAUCAAAAAUGGAAUUGUUAAAUAGAAUUUUUGGUAUUUCAGAACCUAUUCGUCGUAAAAUGGAAUUGAAGAUUAUUGAUUCUGAAUUUAGGCCUAUGAUUUUUGAAAAGUCAAGCAAUAUUCAUUAUGAUAUACUUACUGGAAAUGAUAGUAGUAUAGAUAUUGAUGAAAUUUUCUUAGGUGAUGAAGAUUGCUUUGUCGAUUUCCAUAGUGAAUUAGAGAAAAGGAUGUUUAUGCAAUAAUUUUUAGAAAGUUUUAAACGAUAUUAACCUUCAAAGUUUAUAAUAAUAAAAUAAAAUAUUAAUACUUUUUCUAUUUUAUUAUUAUAUGAGCUUAAUUAGAUUUGAAUAAAAAUAUAUAUAAUGAUUAAAUGCUUGGUUUACGCUAGAAUAUUUUAGAUAGGUUUAUUUUAAAUGUACUAAAUAUUCUUUGGUAAAAUAAUGUUUAUAUUAUUACAAGUUUAAAAAAUGUUAAUUCGAAAUUGAAAGAUU